AAGAGAGUGAUGCGAGCCCCGCCCCUGUGGGCCGAUCUGCCUGCUGAUUGGCUGAGAGGAGUCUCGUGUCAUCGGUCUAUGAUCGGCGGAUCGCGCGCUGCUCUCGGAUGAAACAGUGUUGCGCGCGUUCGUGAGAGUCCGACUGAAGAUGACGCGUGAACGCGGAGCUGCGGCCAAAGCCAAACUCACUCAUCCUGGAAAAGCCAUCCUGGCAGGUGGAAUCGCAGGCGGCAUUGAAAUCUGCAUCACGUUUCCUACAGAGUAUGUGAAGACUCAACUACAGCUGGAUGAGAAAGCCAAUCCACCGCGUUACAGAGGCAUCACGGACUGUGUGUCUCAGACGGUUCGUCAUCACGGAGUGAAGGGUUUAUACCGAGGCCUCAGCUCGCUGCUGUACGGAUCCAUCCCUAAAUCUGCCGUCAGGUUCGGUGUGUUUGAGAUACUCAGUAACCAGAUGAGAGACGAGGCUGGGAAGCUGGACAGCACUCGAGGGUUGAUCUGUGGUUUGGGAGCCGGCGUGAUGGAGGCCGUGCUGGUCGUCUGUCCCAUGGAGACCAUAAAGGUGAAAUUCAUUCAUGAUCAAACCUCGGCUAAUCCCAAAUACAGAGGCUUUUUCCACGGAGUGCGAGAGAUCGUCAGAACUCAAGGAAUCAGAGGGACGUAUCAAGGCCUCACAGCGACCGUCCUCAAACAGGGAUCCAAUCAGGGGAUCCGGUUCUUCGUCAUGACCUCUCUGAGGAACUGGUACAAGGGUGAAGAUCCCAACAAACCCAUCAACCCCAUCAUCACCGGAGCGUUCGGAGCGAUCGCUGGAGCGGCGAGUGUGUUUGGAAACACGCCGCUGGACGUCAUCAAGACCAGGAUGCAGGGUUUGGAAGCUCAUAAGUAUAAAAACACGAUUGAUUGUGCCAUGAAGAUCAUGCGACAUGAAGGACCAGCGGCGUUUUAUAAGGGCACGGUCCCACGGCUCGGCCGAGUGUGUUUGGACGUGGCCAUCGUCUUCAUCAUCUACGAGGAGGUUGUGAAGGCCCUAAACAAAGUCUGGAAGACCGAGUGAACGAAUGAAGAGAAGAGAAGAGAAGAGAAGAGAAGAGAAGAGAAGAGAAGAGAAGAGAAGAGAAGAGAAGAGAAGAGAAGAGAAGAG